UCAGCGAUCUGUGCUGAGGGUAGCAUGUAACCUAGUUACAAGAAUAUCGUAAAAAUGGAUAGUCCUCUCUUCGUGGUUUUUACGUUUACGCUACUGGCUUUAUCUGAUGGAUUCCUGAUCCUCCACGCUGCCAAGGAACGGUGCCUGCUGGGCAAAAACCUGACGGUGUUGGUUGGCGCAUGCAAACUGACCAGCCCGUCGCAACAGUGGCAGUGGACGGAGCAGAGGAAGCUGCGCCUCCAGCAGGUAGACCCGAAGGUAGACCGGUGCCUGGCUACGGUCAACACGACUCGGCGGCAGUUCCGCAACCUGGCGCUGCGAGAGUGUGCCCAGGCGCCUCGCUGGCAGUGCGAGGAGGAGCUGCCGGGCAGCCUCGGGGUCGCCCAUCCGAGAAUGUUCCUCAAGAAGUGGGGCUACUUGCCGGUGGUGACGGCCGAGACGAAGUACCAUGACAGAUGGCUCAAGUACGAGCUCGGGGAGAGUGGGGAGCCCGUUAAACUCAGCUUGUGCUCAACACAAGUAGCUUUUCAAGCCAGUUCUUUAAAGGGGGAUCCACCAUCAUUUCGAGCAAAUAAAGUCAAGUGGGGCAGUGAUAUCACACUAGGAGUUACUGAACAACCAAUUGAGCUGACCACAGAGAGUUCAUCAUUCUCACCGCCAAGCUCAUCUUCAAGAUCAGAAGAUUCCUGUUCUACAAUGACUUGUUUUUACAAUCAAACUGAGAAGCCUGGGAUUGUGAAGGCUGAGAGGUGCGCGGUUAACGUGACGGAUGUCAGACAGAUCGGGGAUACCGUUCACCUCCAGUGGAACAGCCCGGGGAAUGCCUGCAACUUCAGCGUGGCUUACAGAUGGAAUCAGUCCUGGGUGGAGAGCUGCAACCCAGCUCUGUACAGCGGAGUUGCCUACGAGUGUGAGGUGAACGAGCUAGAGGCAGGCACACUACACCGGCUCCAGAUAGUGUCGCUUACUGACGGGCUAUCGGCAAAUGUAACAGCGCAGACAGAUCCCAAACCACCCCAGAGCCUUGGAGUGAUCAAAAGUAGGACAACCUCCACAAGUCUCCACGUCUUUUGGACUCCAGGACCUGGGAAUGUUGAUUUUUAUGAAGUCAGUUUAUUUGGAAUGGAUAAUAGAGAAACUCAGAAUCUCCGCAUCCCUGGGAGCUCCCUUAGUAAAGAAGCCUCUUUCCUUACACUGCUACCAGGCAGCAGGUAUCGCUUUACUAUAAAGGCACUUGCUGGAAACAAGAGCUGUGAUGGACCCCGUACUUUUGGAUCCACAUUUCCCUCCAGGGUGAAGGAUAUCCAUAUUUCAAGGGAGCCAGACAGUCUCACCACAGUCUGGAUUCCUGGCCCUGGGAAAGUGGACAGCUUCAGACUGUCUCUGAGCGACAAGGGAAAUGUGGUCCGGCAGAGCACUUUUUCCAACUCAACCAACCGUCACACAUUCAGGGGUUUAACAGCCGGCAGAGUGUACAAUCUCACCAUGAUCAGCGUAGUGGGAGAGCUAGAGACCAUCAGCUCGAAAUCUGUGCAGACAGCUCCAGCAGAGGCUACCUCUGUGGUCGUGUCAAAUAACGGCAGCAGUGAUAGCCUCCUGGUUUCUUGGAAGAGAGCUGUGGGAGAUGUGGAUUCAUAUAAUGUCAUGCUGUCUUAUUGGAGAACUGUUGAAGAAACGAAGAGUUUGCAGUCAAGUACAUCCGAGGUUGUUUUUCGAAGAUUAACUCCAGGGCGUUUAUAUAACAUCACUGUCAAAACCAUCAGGGGAAAGCUGCAGGCAGUAGCUGCAAGUAGUGGCAGAACUGUUCCCCAACGUGUCUCAAACUUGACAAUGGCAAGCAAUGGUUCCACCAGCUCUCUGAGAAUGAGCUGGCUGCCCCCUACUGGAGAUUGGGAGAGUUACCAGAUACAACUGUUCAACCAUUCCUCUGUUGUGCUGAAUGUGUCCGCUGCGAAACACGUCAGAGAAUAUGAAAUCAAGAAUUUCGGAUUCAUCCCUGGACGACAAUAUAAAGCUGCAGUCAUUGUAAGGAGUGGAAAUUUGAAAAACGAGGCAUACUGCAAUGGGAGAACAGCGCCAGAGGCAGUCCUUAACCUACGGAUAAAACAUACUGAUCAAUCCACACUCAGUGUCUUAUGGACAACCCCAGUGACUGAGCUGGACCGGUAUCUUAUAUCAUUGAAGGACACAAAAAGUACAGAAGUGAAUAAAAGUCUUUCAAAAGAUGCCAAAGAGUGCACUUUCUCUGGCUUAGUACCUGGACGGAAAUUCACAGUUACUGUAACCACCAUCAGUGGUGACUUAAGCAAAUCUGCUUCAGUAGAAGGAAGGACAGUGCCGGCUCAGGUGUCAAACCACCACGUGACAAACCAAGGGACAAGCAACAGCUUACACACCAGCUGGACUAGAGCCAUUGGGGACAUUGACAAUUACCAAAUCCACCUCAUACAUGAAAACAUUGUAAUAAAGAAUGAAAGUGUUUCAAGUGAAACCGAUCAAUAUCUGUUUCAUUCCCUGAAACCUGGAGGGUCAUACUCUGUGGUCGUCACCACUAUUAGUGGAGGAAUCUCCUCAAGACAAUCAAUAGCUGAAGAAAGAACAGUUCCUUCAAGUGUGCCCAGUGUGAUGGUGAAUAAUCAUGGUCGCAAUGAUUACCUCCUGGUUUCCUGGCUACCCGCAUCUGGGGAUGUGGAUAGUUAUCUUGUGACAUUGUCGCACAAUGGGAAAGUUGUCCAGUCUCACACGGUCUCCAAAACCAGCUUUGAGUUUCCCUUCAGUUCCCUCACCCCUGGAAGGCUGUACAAUGUGACUGUAACGACCAGAAGUGGGAGAUAUGAAAACCACACUGUUACACAACAGCGGACACAACCCUCAGUUGUACAAAGAAUCACAGUUAUCAACUCUGGAAAAAGUGACUAUCUGAAAGUAUCUUGGUUGGAUGCAUCAGGGGAUUUUGACUAUUAUAUAGUAACUAUCAAAAACAGUUACAACUUCAGCAAAAGCUUAGAGGUUCCAAAGUCUGAAAACGAAUGCAUAUUCCUCAAUUUAAUUCCAGGACGACUUUACAGCAUCACUGUUAGCACCAAGAGUGGGAAAUAUGAAUCUCGUCAUGUUGCCACUGGAAGAACAUUUCCGGCUGCAGUUGGCUCUCUAACCGUGGCUGACAGGAGCACAGAUACUCUGAACGUUACCUGGGAAGCAGCUGCUGGUGACGUGGAUCGCUAUGAGAUUCAGCUUCUGUUCAAUGACAUGAAUGUUUUCCUUCCAAUAACACUCAGCAGCACAUCACAUCAAUUUACUUCCUUAACCCCUGGACGUCUUUACAAAAUCCUAGUCUCCACAUGGAUCGGGACUCUACAACGUGCUGCCUUCAUCGAAGGACGCACAAUACCCAGUGCAGUUAAAAAUAUCCAUGUUUCAAAUAAUGGAGUGACCAAAGGCCUGAAGGUGAACUGGUCUCCUGGAGGAGGUGACGUGGACAGCUAUACUGUGAUCUUAUCUCACAAAGGCCAUCAGGUCUCUGCCCGCCCUAUUCCAAAACACCAGCAUGAACACACCUUUUAUGAUCUAGAGACGGGAGAGCUCUACCAUGUAUUAGUACGGUCAAUUAGUGGCACCUUCCAUAACAAUGCAACAGCGUUUGGACGCACUGUCCCUGCCUCUGUGUCAAACUUAUCUGUUGAAAACAAACAUACUACCUCCACCCUGGCAGUUUCUUGGCAGCCAGCCACUGGCAUCUCAGAGGGUUAUACACUGCAACUCCUUAAUGAACAAGGAACUCAAAUGCUCGCAAACGUUUCUGUGCCAGCUGCCAGCAGGGGCCAUAAGUUCAUUGAUCUGAUUCCUGGCAAGAAGUACAAGAUUCGUAUCUUCACUGUAAGUGGAGGUUUGUACAGCAUCGGAACAGACCGAGAGGGAAGAACAGUUCCAGCUGCAGUCACAGAUCUGAUGUUGCAUGAGAACAGUGUUGAGACUCUAUCAUUCAACUGGACCAAAGCAGAGGGAGAAUGUGACUCAUAUGAAAUAUACCUCUACAAUUCAGACAAGACACUUCAUGACAGGAAGUCUGGCACUCAGAAUCUUGAAGAGUGUUCCUUCCAGAACCUGACACCAGGCAAAAUGUAUAAGCUUGUGAUAGUCACUCACAGCGGAGAUUUAACAAAUGAAUCCUCUAUUUUUGGAAGGACAGUUCCAGCUCAGGUUACCCAUCUGCAAUGGAUGAACAGUAACCAGACUGACAACUUGUUAUUCACAUGGACCCCAGCUUUGGGGGAGUUUGAUUCCUACAACAUAACACUUUAUAAUCCAAAUGGUACUGCUCAAAGCAAUAUAUUUGGAAGGAAAGACAUGAAGGAAUGCAACUUUCAGGACUUGAUCCCUGGUAGGAUUUAUCGCAUGGUGAUAGUAACACAAAGUGGAGAAUUGAGCAAUAAAGCUUCUGCAGAGGGAAGGACAGCCCCCAGACCUCCAGGAUCAGUAUCUUUCGCUGAUGUUACGAACACUUCAUUGGUCAUCACAUGGCUGGGCCCUCCGGAUGGGACAGAUUAUGAUGACUUUGAGUUGCAGUGGACUCCGAAAGAUUCUCGGGUUGUUGUUUUUAACCCAUACAACACUAUGAAAUCAAAAGGACGAAUCAUACAGAAACUCCAUCCUGGACGUCACUAUACCUUCAUGGUGCGCACUGUCAGUGGGAAAUCAUUAACAUCCUUUAGUGAACCUGUUCAAGCUCCAAUCAGAACAAGGCCUGACAAAAUACAGCACAUCAGGUGUCGACCUCAGAGUUCCACUGCAGUCUCCUGCUCCUGGACACACCCUGACUCGGACUACGAUGGCUAUGAUGUUAAAUGCUACCACUAUGACAAAAAAGAAUUGGUAUACUCACGAAGAGUUGAAAAAGAAUUAGUUCAAUACAUCAUCAAGGAACUAGAGCCAGACAAGAAAUAUUUAGUGGCUAUAAAAGUAAUCUCUGAUAAAAUGACCAGUGAUGCUGUGGAGGACAGUGUUAUUACCAUGAUUGAUAGUCCACCUCCUCCACCGUCACAUAUCCGAGUCGAUGACAAAGCAGUUGUCAUUACCAAAUCCACCAUACAUUUCAAUUUUAAUUGUAGUUGGUUCAGUGAUGUCAAUGGAGCCAUAAAGUACUUCACUGUCAUAGUGUAUGAAUCAGAAGGAACCGAAAAUACAAAGCCAGUAAAACAGCAUCCCUUGCCAUCUUACCUGGAAUACAAACGGAACAGCUCAGUCCGACACUAUCAGACAAAUUAUUUCUCAAGCAAAUGCGCAGAAAAUCCUGAUGGCACAUUGCAAACCUUUGAAAUAAAAGUUGGAGCUCAGAUGGACAGGUUGGGAGGGAAGUGUGAGAAUGAUCAGAAAACAUUCUGUGAUGGACCUUUAAAAUCUAGAACGUCUUACAGAAUCAGUGUGCGUGCCUUCACUCAGCUAUUUGAUGAAGACAUGAGGAACCCAUUGUUUUCAGAUACCUAUUUCUCUUUGCCUAUCACUACUGAGGCAGAACCUCUUCUUGGUGUCGUAGAAGGAGCAAGCGCUGGUGUGUUCCUGAUUGUUGUCCUUAUUUCAGUCAUGGCUAUAAUCGUUUGCAGGAGGAAAGUGAAGCCAGUGAGUUCUGAAUCUAAACCAGCUUCAAAGACAAAAGACAGGCUAUCAUCUGUCAAUGUUCCUCUUGUGCAGGGAAGGCAACCUCCAAUUUCCAGAGAAAUUAAGACAAACCAGUUCGAAAACCAAUUUACCAAACUUCAAGCUGAUUCUAGCUAUCUUCUAUCUGAGGAAUAUGAGGAUUUAAAAGAUGUUGGAAGAAACCAGUCUUUUGACACAGCACUUUUACCUGAAAAUAGAGGAAAAAAUCGAUACAACAAUAUUCUGCCUUAUGACACAACGAGGGUGAAAUUAACCUAUGUUGAUGAUGACCCUUGUUCAGACUACAUCAACGCCAGUUACAUACCAGGAUGCAACUUUCGAAGGGAAUACAUUGCCACACAAGGACCUCUACCUGGUACCAAAGAUGACUUCUGGAAAAUGGUUUGGGAACAAAAUGUUCAUAAUAUUGUGAUGGUCACACAAUGCGUAGAAAAGGGAAGGGUAAAAUGUGAUCAUUACUGGCCCUUUGACCUUGACGCUUUGUAUUAUGGAGAUCUCAUUGUUCAGAUGCUGUCAGAAUCAGUCUUGCCAGAAUGGACAAUCAGAGAAUUCAAAAUUUGUAAUGAGGAUCAAUUGGACUGUGCUCGAAUUGUUCGUCACUUUCACUACACUGUUUGGCCAGAUCAUGGUGUACCAGAGACAGCACAAUCUUUAAUCCAGUUUGUACAAACCGUGCGAGAUUAUAUUAACAGAACACCUAACUCUGGACCCACAGUUAUACAUUGCAGUGCUGGAGUUGGUCGGACAGGCACAUUUAUUGCUUUAGACAGGAUCCUUCAGCAGUUGGAGAACAAAGACUCCGUCGACAUUUAUGGAACAGUUUAUGACCUGAGGCUUCACAGGGUUCAUAUGGUGCAAACUGAGUGUCAAUAUGCGUACUUACAUUUGUGCACAAGAAAUGUUUUAAGGAGCAGAAAGCUACGCAGUGAACAAGAAAAUCCAUUGUUUCCAAUAUACGAGAAUGUCAAUCCAGAGUAUCAUAGAGACUUUCUGUUUGGACGCCACUGAAGAAUGUAGAGAAAUUGUCUUCCGAUGUAAUGAACCUCAUCUGCAGUACUGCUGAAGAUGCACUAAGUAAAUACUAGGUCUGGCAUUUCAUGGUGUGCAUAAUUUAUUUGCCUAGUAUUCAUUUUGGGUAAUUUGUAAUUUAAUUGUAUUAGAGAUUAUUGUAUAUACUUAUAUAUUACAAAUAAAUAUUUCUUAUAUUAUGUAUAUUUUUAAAACUGAUGAAUUAUGUAUAUUAUUUUACUUAUUAUAGAAUUUAUAUUGUAAGUAAAAGCAAAUCUUAUGAUUUUGUUUAUUAAUUACUUUGAUUUUUAAAGAGAUUUAUAUUCACAAUGCAAUAUUCUAUACUAUACAAAUUGUUUUAAAUGAGCACAGUUGAUAUUUGGAAGGAAAAUUGUAACUGGAUGUACUUGAAAGUUAGUGUGCUGACACAUUGAGUCUUUACACUGAAGAGAUAUUUGAGGACUAAAGAGUUUGAAUAAAUCUUAUGGUUCAGCUUUGAAGGCUAUGGUGUGAUGUUAUUUAACAUCAGGCCUGUAGUCUUCCCAGUGUUUUAGCCGUUAAGACAUUUGUUUUAUGGAAGUUAAAGUCUCAGCACUAUGUAGCACUCAAAGCUGCCAGCCACAUGUGUUAUCAGUUACAACAGUUUGUGCCUGUGAAAAUGGGAACCUCGCAGCAAUCGUUACCUAAAUUGGAAUAGACGAGAAAGAGACAAGGAACAUUGCAUAGAGUUGUCCCAUUCCACAAGCAGCACCCUGUCAAUAAACAUGGACAACCAUUGACCGUAACAGGGAAAUCACAGAUUUCAUUUUCUCACUUUACUGCAAUCAGAAGAUAUUCAGAAGAUGAUAACUUUUUGGUGAUUUGCAGUGAAGAACUAUUAUUCUAAGAAAUAUGAAGUUUAUAAGAGAUAAGAGCAGGAGUAACCUAUUUGACCUAUUGAGCCUUCUUUUAUCACUAAACAUGACCAUUGUUAACAAAACAGAAAUUGCUGGAAAAUCUUAGGAGGCUGGCAGCACCUGUAGAGAGGAAACAGAGUUAACAUUUCAAAACUGAAGAAGGGUCACCAGACCUGAAACAUUAACUCUGAUUUCUCUCCAAAGAUGCUGCCAGACCUGCUGAGAUUUUCCAAUAAUUUGUUUUGUUUCUGAUUUCCAGCAUCCACAGCUCCUUUGGGUUUUUUUUAUGACCAUUGUUAACCUGAUUGUGGCUUUAACUCUACUUUCCUAGGCGUCCCCAUAACCUUCAAAUGCAUUAGAUCAAAAAUCUGUCUACCCAGCCCAGAAUAUAUAGAAUGACUUGGCUUUCACUGCUCUCUGUGAAAGAGAAUUCAAAAGACUAACAACCCCCGAAGAGAAGAAUUUCCUCUUUCUCUGUCUUAAAUGGAAGAUAGCUUAUUUUUAAGUUCUGCCCCUGUUCUAGAUUCCUCCAUGAGGGAAAACAUCCUCUCAGCAUCUACCCUUUUAAGCCCCCUCCGAUUCUUAUAUGUUUAGUAUAUGAUUUAGUAUGAUUGCGUCUAAAAAAUAAGAAAUAACAAGGGGAACGGAGAACUGGUGGGAGUAAUCUAUGUGCCCCUUACCAGCAGCUUUUCAGCAAGACAGAGAAUAAAUCAUGACAUAAUGAGAGCACACAAAAAAUGCAGUACAUUGACUGGGGAUGUCUUUAAUAUUUAUGUAGUUUGUGAAAAAAAUCAAAUCAGCAAAUGUAGCCAUGAAGCAGAAUUUGUAAAUUGUAUUUGGGAUAGUUUCUCAGAACAAGACAUCUGGAUCCAAUCGGGAUUGGAUUAUUUUGGGUUCAGUAAUGCAUAAUGAAGCAGGUUUAAUAAAUUACCUCAGAGUAAGAGAUGCCCGAGGAAAUUUGAGUACAACGUGGUAGGAUUUCACAUUCGGUUCAGUAGUGACAAACAUGGGUCAGAAACAUCUGUUCUAAGUUUAAGUAUAGGCAAUUAUGUGGGGAUGAGGGGCGAGCGAGCAGAGAGAUCAGAGGAAGACGUUUAGCAAAAAAGUCAGCUGAAGAACAAUGGCAGAUGUUUAAGAAAAUGUUCAAGACUCAUAAUAAGUUUAUAUCUCAGUGAGAAAGAAGAAAUCUAGGAAGGGAUAAAAACUGAUCAUGGUUAACUGAGGAAGUUAAGAAUGUAUUAAAUUGAAAAAACAACACAGAAUGUGGCAAAAAUUGGUGGCAAAUAAGGAAGCUUUAAAAUCCAACAAAAGAUUAUCAAAAAGGGGAGAAAAUAAACUAUGAGGACAAAUUAUGUAAUGUAAAAACGUACAAUAAGAUCGUCUCAAUUUUUUCUUUAAAAAUAGAAAAGAGAUGUUAAAACAAAGGUAGCCCCUUUGAGCUCAGCAGGUCUGGUAGCAACUGAGGAGCUCUGAGGAAGUGUCACCUGACCAGAAACGUUCGAUUAGAUUCCCUACAGAGUGGAAACAGGCCCUUCAGCUCAACAAGUCCACACUGCCCUCUGGACCAUCCCACCCAGACCCAUCCCCCUAUAACCCACACACCCCUGAACACUACAGGCAAUUUAGCGUGGCCAAUCCAUCUAGUCUUCACAGCUUUGAACUGUGGGAGGAAACCCAUGCAGACAUGGUGAGAAUGUGCAAACUGUGCAUGGACAGUUGUCUGAUGCUGGAAUCAAACCCGGGUCCCUGGUGCUGUGAGGCUGCCGUGCUAACCACUGAGCCACCGUGCCGCCCCUCUGAUUUUUCUGAACGGAUGCUGCCAGACCUGCUGAGUUUUUCCAGUGACCUCUAUUUUUGUUCCUGAUUUACAGCAUCCACAGUUCUUUCAGUCCUUAUAUGCCCGUUUAGAGAAUGAAGUCAGAAGUUGCACUACACCAGGUUAUAUUCUAACAGAUUAAUUUGAAAUUACAAGUUUUUGGAGCAUACCUGAUGAAGGGGCUAUGCUUUGAAAGCCUGUGAUAUCAAAUAAACCUGUUGGACUAUAACCUGGUGUAGUGUGACUUCCGACCUUGUCCAACCCAGUCCAACACCAGCACCUCUAUAUUACGUAAUCAAUGGCAAAGGAGUUGAAUAAAUACUUUGCAUCAGUGUUCAGUGUAGAGAUACUAAUAGCAUUCCAAAUUUUAAAAAUAUUUAAAGGGCAAAGGAGGAGAGGAAACAAAUGAAAUAUCUAUCACUAGAGAAAAGCACUUCUGAAAUUAAUUGAUCUAAAAGCCAAUAGGCCUCUUGGACCCGAUAGGUUGCAUUGUGGAAUUUUAAAAGAAGUGGAUAAAGAUGCAGUGGAUACACUAGUCAUAAUCUUCCAAGAAUUCUUAAAUUCAGGAAAAUAAUGUAACACUUUGUUCAAAACAGAGGGAAACAAAAAAGACUAACUAUAGGAUCGUUAGCUAAUAUCUACCAUUGGCGAAAUAUUAGUGUCUGUUAUAAAGGAGGUGUUAGUAGCGCAUUUAGAAACAGAAUUGAAUCAAGCAGAGUCAGCAUGGCUUCAUGAAGGAGAAGGCAUGCCUGACAAAUUUGUUAUAGUUCUUUGAGGAGGCAACAAGCAGGACAGGCAAAACGAACCAAUAGCUUUAAUACAUUUGGCUUUCAGAAGGUAUUUGAAGAAGGAUCACUCAUAAGGCUAUUUCAUAAAAGCUCAUGGUGUUUUGAGUAAUAUAUUAGCAAGGAUAGAGAAGUGGAUAACUAUAGAAGACAACAAGUUGCUACAAAGGGAUAUUUUCAGGAUGGCAACCUGUAACAAAAUUGAGUGCUACAGAGAUCAGUGCUGGUGCCAGAGUGUAUUACAGCUUGGAUUGUAUAAGUUGAGUGUAAUGAUGGAACAAUAGGAGGGAAGGCGAUUAGUGAGGAUGACAUAAAGAGUCUACCAAAGCACAGGCUAAACAAGUGGACAAAAACACGACAGAUGGAAUAUAAUAUGCGUUUAUGCACUUUGUGCAUUUAAUGGAGGAAGACUGCAAGAAGCUACAACCAGAGGGAUGUGUGGUUCCUCAUGCAUGAAUCAUAAUAAACCAGCAUCUAAGUCCAGUGGGUAGUAAUGAAGGUGAUUGAAUUGUUGGCCUUUAUUUCAAAGAGAAUGAAGUAUAAAAAUAGGGAAGUAUUGCUAAAACUAUACAAAGCGCUAAACAGACCACAGCUCGAAUACUCUGAAUAGUAUCGGUAUCUUACUAGUACCUUAUCAAAGGAAAAAAUAUACAGGCAGUCCAGAGAAGGUUCACUAGGUUGAUAAAGGUUUGAAGGGAUUUGCUUAUGAAGAGAUAUUGAAUAGGUCGGGCAUGUAUCUCAGAGUAAGGAAUCGUCCAAUUAAGACAGAGUUGAGGAGGAAUUCUUUCUCUUAGAAGAUGUUCAAUCUGUAGAAUUCUUUACCGCAGAGGGCUGUCAAAGCUAGGUUAUUAAAUAUAUUCAAGGCUGAGAAAGAUAUAUUUUUAAUCAGUAAUGGAAUCAAGCAUUAUGGGGAUAAGACAGGAAAGUGAAGUUGAAGGUGAUCAGAUCAGCCGUAGAGUCAUACUGUCAUAGAGAUGUAUGGCUUAGAAACACAGUCUUCGGUCCAACUCACUCAUGCCGACCAGAAAUCCCAAAUUAAUCUAGUUGUGUUUGCUAGCAUUUGACGCAUAUCCCUCUAAUCCCUUCCUAUUCAUGUAUCCAUCCAGGUGCCCUUUAAAUGUUGUAAUUGUACCAGCCUCCACCACUUUCUCUGGCAAAGCAGACUCAAUUGGCUGAAUGGCAUAUUUCUGUUGUUACAGUUAUGGUCCUAUAUCCUCGUUUAUUAGUGCAAGGGAAUGUUAAAGAAUCUUAGUUGUUGAUUCUGCUUGGUCAAAACUUAAUUUACAACGUUAUACAAAAACACCAAAGUUGGUAAACUAUUUGCUCAACAAUAUUUCUUGUUAAGUAGUAAAUUAGUGUGCAGUUUCCUUGAAAACUUCCUCAACACACAGACAAGAGUCAUGUUAUUGUCCCCUUGUAAAUUCUCCUUCAUUGUCAGGAAUAUAGAAACAUACAAAUAGAAGUAGGCCAUUCAGCCCAUUGAAGCUGCUCCACCAUUUGAAACAAUGGUGCUGUUGGAACACUUCAGUGUCAUAAACAGAAAUGGCUGGAAAAGCUCAACAGGUCUGCCAGUAUCUGUGGAGAGAAAUCGGAAUUAGAAUUCUUCUUCAACCUGCAAAAGGGUCACUCAACCUGAAUUGUUAACUCUGACUUCUGUCCACAGACGUGGCCAGAUUUGCUGAGCUUUUCCAGUAAUUUCUGUUUUUAUUUCUGGUUUACAGUAUCUGCAGUUCUUUCGGUUUUUAUUCAACACUUCAACAUGUUACAUAUUAGUUGAUAUGUUCUUCCAUCCACCUUUAGCCUAAAGAUAGGAAAGCAAAGCUCUGGUUUCCGUAAUCAUGUAUUAAUUUAUCUUUAAUUUAUGUUGAUAAAGUUCAGUGCAAUGAUGCAGUUUUUGUAAUAUGAACAAUUAAAAUGCAAGCUUAAAA